CGAGGUUGCUUUUUCGCUCUCAUUUCCUGCAACUUUCCUUCCCUCAUGAAAAAAAUAAUCAAAAUCACAAUCCCCUCACACCUAUAUAUCUCAUGAUGCCACUUUGGACAACCAUUUCAAUUUCUCUCAGCAGUUUCUGCAAAUGGAAUCAACAUGCGUGGAUACUUCACUCAAUCUUAAUGUUGUUCCUUCUUUGCACAUGGCUGAUAAUUUGGUUGAAGAGUUGCAUCGUUUAAAUUGUGAGAAUAAGAGACUGACUGAGAAGUUGACUCACUUGUGCGAGAGCUAUCAGGCUAUGCAAAAGCAAUUGAGCAAAUUGAUGAACACAAAUUUUGAACAAGACCCAACACAAUCACGGAAGAGAAAAGCUGAUGAGACUGAAAGUUGUAUCAACAUGUUUUGUGUUAGAGGAAACAUUAACACUGAGUGCAGCAGCACCAUAAAUGAUGAGGAUUCGUCAUUCAAAAGGCACAAGGAUAAUAUUAUCACCUCGCCUAAGUUUUCCAAGGUUCUUGUGAAGACGGAAGCAUCUAAUACUAGCUUAUAUGUGAUGGAUGGAUAUCAGUGGAGGAAAUAUGGUCAGAAGGUCACCAGAGAUAACCCCUCUCCUAGAGCUUAUUUCAGAUGCUCCUUUGCCCCAAGAUGCCCGGUGAAAAAAAAGGUGCAAAGAAGCUUAGAAGACCCUACUAUACUUGUUGCAACUUAUGAAGGAGAGCACAACCAUGGUCAUGAGCGAGCUGAAUUAUCAAUGGUCUCAAACCAAAAAGAUGGACCUGUAGGGUCAGUUAAUGUUUCCUCAUCAGCUACACCCAUUAUUGGGAGUACUACAGGCCCAACUAUAAGGCUUGACUUGGUCCAAUCAGGAUUGGUUGAGAGUGCCCAAAAGUCUUCUAUCGAGAAGUUUUUGGUUCAACAAAUGGCUACUUCUUUGACAAGAGAUCCCAAUUUCACAACAGCACUUGCCACUGCCAUUUCAGGAAGAAUUCUAGACCAGACUUCUGUGGCCAAGUGGUGAAUUAUAACACUGGGGUAUUGCGUUGAACAUGGAUUAUGUUAUUUUUUAUUGGUUCUUUUUAGAAAUGCUGCUGAGUCAAAUUAAUAUAUGGCGAGCACGAAUGUAUAUAGAAUAUUAAAAUGAAGAAAGCUAAUUGAAAUUUCCUCUUUAGGGAAAUAAAGUUGAGCAACAUUUUUUUUCCUG